AUCCAUUUCCCACACCCAUCAACUUUUCUAUAUAAAUCUCACACAACCCUAAACUCCUCUAUAUAUACUCUUCUCUUCUUCUUCUCAUUUCAGAAACAAAAAUCUUCAAAAAUGGUUUCAACACAAAAACUGACUUUCCUUGCUUCCUUCCUCUUCAUUGCUGUGCUCCUUCCUGCUGUCGCUGCCAUUGACUAUCAGGUCGGAGGCGAUUUCGGUUGGAACCUACCGCCAACUCCCACCUUCUUCUCUGAAUGGGCUAGUAAUAAGACUUUCUUUGUCGGCGAUACGUUGCGGUUCAAUUCUAGCGCGAACGAAACUCACAACUAUGCAAUGCCUGGGUCUCAAGCAGAGCUUGAUGGGUGCGUGAAGCCGGGAAUAGUUUUUAUGGGGGGUGUUUAUCCUGUGUUGGAUCGUCCUGGUCGUAAAUACUUUAUAUGUGAAGUUGGUAACCAUUGCAAUUUGGGCAUGAAAUUUGCUGUUGAUGUUAUGCCUAUACCUGGGUCGAUGCCACCUAAUGCUGCACUCAAACUUGAUGCAUUUCCUAUGUUACUACUGAUCUUCAUCACCAUCAUCAUCAAUUUCUUGUUCUUCAUAUGAGAUAUAAUUUAUGCAUCUCCAAAUUAGUUAUCUCAAUGUUCUAUUUUUCUAGAGUAUUUGAUAUUUUUCUACUUUUAAUAACUGCUAUUGUAGCAUGACUGUACAGCUAGCAAUUUUUCUCCACCAGAAUUCAAUAUAAUGUACGUUUUGUUUGA